GGACAUUCUGUAUGGCGAAAGCGAACAAACGUUUUCGUUUGUGCGAACGAUUUGCUUCAUGUAACUUGAAAAACGAAAAAAAUCGUUCGCGCGUGCGAAAGAAAAUAAACGAAAGCAUAUUCAUUGACGUUUCUUUUGUUUUUAUGCCAAAAUUUGACAAAAAAAAUAUUAUUUAUCAUAAUUUAAAAUGUUGCGAGGAUAUUUGACGUUGUUUUUAAGUGAUAGUGAAGAAAGUGACGAUGGUUUUGUAUCUCAGAACUUGAGAAAUAUAAGAAGAAAUCUUCGAGAUCAUUCUGAUCCAUUUUCAUUACCAGACCAAAACUUUAUUCAACGAUUCCGACUAAACAAAAUAGCAUUCAAGUAUGUGCUGGAUAAUCUACACGUUAAAACAGGAAAACGAGCUACAUAUAUUCCUCCAAUUCUAAGACUGUGCUCUACCUUAGAGAUAUUGGGUGGAGGAUGCUAUCAAUGGCUUGUUGGAAACGAUUUCGCUUGCCCCCUUGCACAAAGCACUUUGUCCAAAGCAUUUGACGAGUGCUUAAACGCAUUGGAGGACCAAUUUUGCGCGGAGUGGAUUAAGUGGCCAUCAGAAUUCGAAGAAGAUGAAACAAAACUUUAUUUUUUUGAUAAAUACAAAAUACCUGGAGUAAUCGGUUGCGUUGAUGGUACCCAUAUAGGCUUACUUCGUCCCACUGCAAAUGAAGAAAUGUUCUUCAAUAGAAAGGGCUUCCACAGUAUAAAUGCCAUGAUUAAUAACGAUCACAAAUACCGAAUAAUGACAGUUUGUGCUCAGUACGGUGGUGCUUCUCACGAUUCUUUUGUGUGGAAUAGUUCACUAGCUAAAAGUCGACUUGAGUUGAAAUUCAAUCAAUCAACCAGAAACAAUUCCAAGUUACUAGGUAAGAAGUUCAAUCGAUGA